UCCAUAUUCUUGGGGUUCCCAGCAUGCCUUUCGCUGCUCUUGGCGGGAAAGCUGACCUCGACCAGGGGUCAACAGGCUAUUGUCGCGCUGCCCCAGGCAACCGUUGAAGGAAGGCGCAUGCGCAUCGCGCAAAAAACGCGGGCUUCGUGGUGUAGGUCUCGGUGGCUGGUGCCCGGCCUCGCAUCUGUAUCACAAGGUUGCCUUAAAGGAAAUUCUUCAUCAGAAGAUGGCCACUGCCCAGUUGCAGAGAACUUCCAUGAGCGAGAUGGGAUUUCCCAAUAAGAUAUCAACUGAGCAGCAGUCUUUGCUGCUAGUGAAGAGGCUCCUAGCAAUUUCAGUAUCCUGCAUCACGUAUUUGAGAGGAAUAUUUCCAGAAUGUGCUUAUGGAACAAGAUAUUUUGAUGAUCUUUGUGUCAAAAUUCUGAGAGAAGAUAAAAAUUGUCCAGGAUCUACACAGUUAGUGAAGUGGAUGCUAGGAUGCUAUGAUGCUUUGCAGAAAAAAUAUCUAAGGAUGGUUGUUCUAGCUGUAUACACCAACCCAGAAGACCCACAGACAAUUUCAGAAUGUUACCAAUUUAAAUUCAAGUACACUGGGGAUGGACCUAUCAUGGACUUCAUAAGUAGAAACCAAACCACUGAAUCUAGUAUUUCAUCUGCUGACACCAAGAAAGCAAGUAUUCUCCUCAUUCGCAAGAUUUAUGUUCUAAUGCAAAAUCUGGAACCUUUACCUAAUGAUGUUUGUUUGACCAUGAAACUUUUUUACUAUGAUGAAGUUACACCCCCAGAUUACCAGCCUCCUGGUUUUAAGGAUGGUGAUUGUGAAGGAGUGAUAUUUGAAGGGGAGCCUAUGUAUUUAAAUGUGGGAGAAGUCCCAACACCCUUUCACACCUUCAAGGUAAAAGUGACCACUGAAAAAGAACGAAUGGAAAAUAUUGAUUCAACUAUAUUAUUUCCAAAACAAUUGAAAACACCACUUCAAAACAUUCUCAUGGAAAAAGAUGAUCUAGAAGAUGAACAGGAGCAUUCUGAUGGUUUUGACAUUGAAAUGAACAUGGAACAGCAGAAAAAAACUCCUGGGUCUUCUGAACUUGGAGAACCAAGUUUAGCUUAUGAGGAAGAUAAAAUUAAGAGAUCUAAAGAAAGUCCAGAUCUUUCAACUUCUCGUUCUCAGGUUGAGCAGUUAGUCAAUAAAACAUCUAAACUUGAUAUGUCUGAAAGCAAAACAAGAAGUGGAAAAAUCUUUCAGAAUAAAGUGGUUAAUGGAAAUCAACGAGUAAAAUCUUCUAAAGAAAAUCGGAAGAGAAGUCAACUUGAAUCGGGGAAAAAAGUUCUUCAUCACUUUGAUUCUGCUAGUCAAGAGUCAGUGCCAAAAAGAAGAAAGUUUAGUGAACCAAAGGAACAUAUAUAA